AUGUGCUCCAAUCUGGGCGACUUGUUCGCCUGCAUCAAGCCGCAGACAGAGACAGAGACAGAGCCGGAGACAGUGCCUGAGACGCCGGACAGCAUGGGGAACAGCCAUCGGCGGAGCAUGCAGGUGGACGACAUGGAGGCAUACGAUCUCGACGAGCAGUUGCACCAGGAAAUGCUGCGGGAGAAGGAGGAGCGCCGCCUCAGCCUCGGGAGCCUGGGCAGCCUCUCCAAGCGACUGGUGCGCGCUCCGAGGCCCAAUCUGCCGCCUUCGAAGCACCUGCCCGUCCCCACCUGCAUCCGUCCGCCCGCUCGCGGGAAGCGCGCCUCCUUCGAGACCCUGGAGCGCUAUGACCAGGUCUUUAGCGCUCCCUCCGGAUCCGACCGCUGCAUUCCCGAUCAGUUCUAGGGGGAUUCGGAGUAUGGGGCUCGGAUUAAAGGCCGGCCAGUCGGCAGCCUAUAGCA